AUGAGAGAUGAUGAUCCAGGUAAACGUCCGCCAUCUCAAGUGAAGCAUCUAUCAUCCGAGGUGAAGUAUUCGUCACCUCAGGUGAAGUCUGAAAUUAUUGCUCAACAUAUCCUCAAGAAACUACUGACGAAACGCUCCUUCCAAAAGUACCUUAUUGAUAUCACGGUAAAGGAAGUAUUAGAUAAUGAAGGAUCAUCUGAUGCUGCUAUUAAGGGACAACAUUUUAUCAUACGAAAUCUGGAAUUUGAAUCACCAACAAGUUGUCGGCGUGCGGUUAUCCACGGAAAUAUCGAUUUAUUGAUAUGCCAUCUGAAGCUUAUCACGGAAUCGUUCAUUAAAAGCUCAAAUCUUGCAUUCUGUGAUAUUGGUGCUAAUAUAAAUCGUGAUGCUGCUUCAUUAUUUUCUGUUCGAUUACAACUAGAACAGUUUCUGAAUUCAGAUCGCUUUCAACUGCUACGUUUUGAACAAUUUAUUAGACGCCUUUACACAUUGCUGCGUUGUUUUGCUGCCAGAAUUUCAACAUUAUCGGUAAUGAUUGACAUGCUACAGAAAGCAGAGCAAAUUAUACUUUGUAUAAGCGAAAUGGUGAUGAUAAUGACGACCGAUGAUAAUAAUGAUGAUGAUGGUGAAGAUGGAAAAAUCCAGUCAAUUUCACUCCCAUUUCAAAUUGCCAAUUGUGCAUUCUUCGCUAUCUGCCUUUGCGACUUAUUAUAUCGUUUCGAAGAAUUUUGCUCCAUACAUGAAAAGAAUUUCACGUCAAAAUUUGAACAGCUUCAAAAGACCAUCAAUAUGUUUCAUGACGUUGUCGUACGGCGUUUAAAUGAGAUGAUCGCAACAAGAAUUAAACAGGACAAAAUAAUGAAGCGGAAAAUUGCUGGAAGUAGUUCUUUACGGCGCACUCCACGUAGACCAAAAUCUGCAGCAAUCUUUCGUGAAGUUGAACAAGAGUUGCGUAGCCCAGGAUAUUUGUUACCUCAUGACCUUCAAGAGAAACGUCGAUUGAUGCAGUCACGUCGGGCUACAACGUCAUUUUCACCUUCGAAGCAGAGAUUCUCGAAACAUAUACCGCAAAAAAUCAUUGAAAAAGAAGCGAUUCAUCGGUUAGCUCGUGAAAUCACCAAUGAGAUGAUAAAUGGUUUAGCGGCGCGUGUGGACGACGUGGUAAUAAUAUCCAGAUGA